AUGAUGAAAACCGAGAGUACGCCGCCGAAAGACCCGCCCACGCCGCCCUCUGCGACGACCAAGGCGGCAUCGAUGUCACCGACGGCCGUGACGACAGCGCUUACGGACGAUGCUCCUCGUGCGAAAAAGGCCGGUGUUGGGCCCGUGCGCACGCGGGCAGCGCCCAGUAAGACGUUUGUUUGCCGCGGAUUCGGCGAUUGCAGUAUGGUGUUCAGCCGGAGUGAACAUCUCGCUCGCCAUGUUCGGAAACACACCGGCGAGCGCCCAUUUGCUUGCCACUGUGGAAAACAGUUUUCGCGUCUCGACAACUUGCGACAGCAUGCGCAAACAGUGCACUCGGACAAGACCGAUCUCAACGAGCGGAUGAUGCGUGAUCUGACGUCGCUCCACACUGCGUUGGCCGCAAGUUCGCAUCGCAAUCUGCCCCGGCUUUCUCCGUCGCAAGCAACAACGAGUCAAGGAUCUCGGUCACAGCCGUCAACGCCUAAUGAUUCGCAUCCUCCUUCGGCAGGUGUAGUCCCUAGUAUGGCCUACGAAAGCUGGCGUCGUGACGAUUUUUCUCAAGAAUCCUUUCUUCCGGGCCAGCCCUUUCGGGCCGACCAAUCCUUUCGGCCCCAACACCUUACAAUCCCGUCGACCUUUCCCCCGAGCCAUAGUUCCUACGCCCCUCUCUCAGACAAUCGAUUUCAACCCACCGCCCAUGACUUUCACCCUCACCCUUCCGGACGGGACAGCAUCGGCCGAUUUCCAUCUUCCAACUCCGCCCAUGCUAAUGGGUCCUUUGAGCGCUCCCAUCCUGGGCGAGACGGAUUCGAUAGGUCUCCCCUCGAUCGACUGGAUCCACGCGACCGGUCCGUGGACGAUGGCGGAGGGAGUAAGCCCUUUACGAGCGGAGGCAGCGCAGGGGGUGGGCUCCCUCCAAUCUCGUCCCUCAUCCCCCGAGAGCAGCACACACAAUCCCUAUUUCCCCCCAAUUCCUCAAGACCAGCCACCUCAGGUAGCCUCUCCGGUUGGCGCACUCCAUCCGGACCUCUCGGACGCCCUGCCACAUCGGCAGGCAGCUGGCUCCCGCCCCUCGAUGGACGCCCGGGGCUUACUGCAAGGCCCGCGACAGCAGCUGCACCACUCGGCUUCGGACCCUCAGCUCCAUCAUCACGCCCGGGCACGAGCGGUGGCAUCGGGAGCAUCGAUAGGGGUGGGGAUGUAUUCGCCUUUGAGCCGCCAGCACUGGCUUCCUCAAGAUACGACGAUGGGGAUGGGGAUGAUAGAUCGCCCCGCGAUCGAGAUGGGGAUGGGCUCCCUCGAUCCUUUGGCCUCCCAUUUGGACUCAGGCCUGGGACUGCACCCGCGGCCUCCUUCGACCGAGCUGGACGGAGCCGAGAGUGGGAGCGGGAGCGACCCUGGUUUGGACGCGACCAGUCGUCUGAGCGCAGAAGUCGACACGAGCUUCGACGAGAUGAACGCGAUUAUGGCUCAAGGCGACAUGAACACUCAGCGGAUAACUGGAAUACCGAACGACUGGCCUCUCGCGAUGCUUCUCCAUCCUCAGACCGAUCACCAAAUCCAUCGAUGGAAUCCCGACGUCGAGGGUCUGGAGGGCUUUACCCCGGAGAACCCGACCGAGAGGUCGGACUUUUAUCGCCCAACGGCGGAGGAUACGACUCGCCGUUUUCCUACCAUCCACCGGGACUCGCUCCCCGCAAACGGUCGUAUGACUUUGGGCCUGGAGAUGCCGCCGGACCAGACUCGAGGCCCUCAUCUCGAAGACUUACCCUCAUGGAACUAUGCUCAGCCGAGUCCUCACCAGAUGAUCAUGCAGCAGGGACUCCACUCGGCGUUUCGACCCAUGGCAAGUCCCCCGUUGAGCGGGGACGGGAGCCCCCGCCCCUCAUUCGACCUGCGACUAUCGGCGGCGGGGAUGGCGGCGGGCUACCAGGGAUUGCCAGCUUCAGUUAUCGAAACCAGCCGGACACGAUAUAUGAGCGAACCGGGACCCUUUCCCUCGGACCAACAGCAGCAAGUACGAUCGGGACAACGCUUCGUGACACCGACGGGCGAGGGGACUCGCUUCCCCCACCACCCUCUCCACCCCCAACAGCCAUGGGACUCCGGGAUGAUGACGGUGAACGAGAGCGCCAACGCAAACGAUUAUUCGAGCGACGGGAUGCAACAGCUCCUAGAGCAUGCGACGAAUUCAACGACGGAUACCAACGGGGAGCGGGCGUAUCCGACCCCGCUGUCGGCCCAUCCUCGACUGCCAGUCACUGGCGAGAACGCGAACGGCUCCGAGGUCAAGUUCGAACACCCAUCUCCCCGCCUCCUACCGCUACCGGAGUGAGGGCGGGCUCGGCCUCUUGA